GAACCUUCAGCGUGAGCCUCACCAGCACCCGGUAGUAAAUACGUUCACAGCACGAAUAUUUAAAAUCAUUUGUAUUAAUUGCAUAUGUUUAGCCAUCUCGUGAUUCUAGCUGGCGCCUGCAGCACUGUCAGCCAUAAUAGUUACUUCCUUGAAAGUCAAAAUGCAUUUGGCAGCUACACGCAGAAAGUUCGUCUGUGUCAAACGCAUUCUGUAUCCUUUGAGGCAGACCUGUCUGUUGUUUUCCACUAAUGAUACUAUUCUAGCCUACAAGCGGAAAUCACCAUCAAAAAAACAGUUCAGAAAACCUCCCUGGGCUGAUGAUCUCUCCUGGGAAGAAAGGCUAGCUGAUGUGGUCACCCCGUUGUGGAGGCUGAAAUAUGAUGAGCAACUCGAACUCAAGCAAAAACAUCAGGAACGUAUCCUGUCUCAGCUCUCUGGGUAUCUCUCAGGUGACUUACAUUCACAUCCCUCAUCACCUGUCAGAAGUAAACUCAACUUCUCUGUCCAGCCUAUUUUGCCAUCACCGAUUAGGGAUGGCUACCGCAACAAGUCUACAUUUUCUGUCAACAAAGGAAGUGAUGGAAAUCCGAAAACAGUUGGAUUUUACAUUGGCACUGGCAAAAAGGGAAACAUUGUCUGCGUCAAUGGAGACCACCUGCUCAACCUGCCAGAGAAGCACAAACUGGCUGCCAGGUGCUACCAAGACUUCAUUCGCCUUUCUUCCCUGGAGCCCUGCCUGCUGUUCCACGCCGGGGGUCACUGGCGAGAGAUCACAGUGAGGACCAACACACAGGGUCACACCAUGGCUAUAGUGCAUUUCCAUCCACAGACGCUCACCCCAGAAGAGAUAGCAGUCCAUAAGGCUGACCUGGUGGAUUACUUCAUACGGGGGCCUGGAUCUGUCUGUCAGCUGGACUCGCUGUUCUUCCAGGAGAGCACCAUGACUCAGUGCACUCAUGAGAAAUCCCCCUACCAGCUCCUGUAUGGUCAGCCACACAUAUAUGAGGAGGUGCUGGGCUUCAAGUUCCGCAUCUCUCCUGAUGCCUUCUUCCAAGUGAACCAGGCUGCUGCUGAGGUGCUGUAUAGCACAGUGAGAGACCUGUGUGUCCCAAACCAUGAGGAAGGUGGAGGAAAAACAAAAAUUGGUGGUACUCUCCUAGAUGUGUGCUGUGGGACAGGCACCAUUGGUAUCACAUUAUCACCCAUGGUGGACAGGAUUAUUGGUAUAGAGCUCAUAGAACGGGCCGUGGAAGAUGCGAGACACAAUGCAGCUCUCAGUAAUGUACUGAACUGUGAGUUUUUCCCCGGGAAGGCGGAGGUGGUGCUUCCUCGCCUCAUGUCUCAGCUGAACUCUGCAGAUGAAGGCCUUGUGGCAGCUGUGGUAAACCCUGCUCGAGCUGGCCUGCACUACAGAGUAGUCCGAGCUUUACGAAACCAACCUCAUAUCCGCAGGCUGGUCUAUGUUUCCUGUAAACCAGAUGGAGAGGCGAUGAGGAACUUCAGGGAGCUUUGUUGUGCUCCUGACCUUCAGAAGAAACUCACAGGAGAGGCAUUUUCUCCAACUCUGGUUGUUCCUGUGGAUAUGUUCCCACAUACUCCUCAUUGUGAACUGGUGCUACUUUUUGAGAGAUAGCAAAUACUUUAUGUUCUGAGGUGGCCUUGAACCCUUCAACAACAACUCUGGUUGAUUUAGGAAGCUAUUAGGGAGUUGAAUGGGAUGUGAGGUAUGUUAGAUGAUAAUGGAGAUAUGGAGAUUCUAACCACCCGCAAUAAUCUUACACCUGUGUUUUUUGAAUUACUUGCUUGGUUAGCUUUGCUUUCAGAAAUGUGUAGUUCGACUGCAACAAAUGAUUAUCUUGAUUAAAAUUCAUCUCUAAAUUC